AUGGCCGAGCCUAAGCCCACACUCCCCAGAAAAAGCGCCUUCUCGUGCGAGGCUUGUCGCAAACGCAAGGUUAAAUGUAACGGAGCCAGUCCGUCAUGUUCACGUUGUGCUACAAGAGGUGAGCUGUGCGUGUACAGCUUAGCCCCAACUUUAUCCUACACCAAGCAGCUGGAAGCGAGAGUCGCCCAGUUGGAAGAUGCGUUAUCCAAAGUCCGUUCGGAUGGUGACGUGGACCUCCGAAAAGCAAGCACCCCGUCAUCGGUAGCCGAAUCUAGCUCGAGCGCCGGCCCCCGAAUCAAGAUCGAGGAAACCGAUGAUCUCGCCCGCGAAUUCGAUGGUUUAAAUGUCGAAAAUGACGGUCGCGUGUCCUUCCAUGGACCGACUAGUUUGUUCCAUCUGCCGAGUGGGGUAGGCAGUGAUUCAACUUCCAAAUCACACUACGCGCAGGAAGUCGAAGGUCGCAAGGAGCGGCUCAUUAACAAUGCAUGGCGGGAGCGAGCAUUCGAGCAGAUGGCCGCUAUGCCAGAACCGUUCCAAUACCUGCUCGACUCUCACUGGUGCUGGAUCCAACCGCUUUGGAAUUUCGUCUACCGACCUGCGUUCACGCGUGAUAUGAAGAUCCACGGAACGUAUUACUCGGACGUCUUAUUAAACGCCAUCCUCUCCCACUCCGUACGAUGGUGCAAAGCGGAACCGCAGAUUGGUCUUUUGUUGGAUUCUUAUGAUGGCGGAGCACAAUUCUCUCACCGGGCAUUGACCGGUGUAUUUGAAUCUCUCAAAGUUGGAUACGCUGGAAUUCCUACUAUCCAGACGUUACUUUUGCUCAGCGCACAAGAAUGCGGCCGUGGAAACCGAACACAAGCAUGGCUAUACAGUGGCAUGGCAUUCAGGCUGUUAGAUGACCUGGGAAUCUCCAUUGAUAGCCGCAAAUACUCUGGGUCAGCACACCUGAGCGAUGAGGAUAUCGAAAUACGCAAUCGUCUCUUCUGGAGUUGCUACUUCUGGGACAAAGUGGUUUCGCUCUACUUUGGCCGGGCACCGACAAUGCAGCACUCCCGUGUCAGUCCACCACGCAUGAUUCUCGAUGACACAGCUGAGAUUGAGCCUUGGACGCCCCAUGGCGUGACCUUCCCGGACGGUGCUCACUACCCGCCCACACAGGCGCAUUCGACGUCAUGCUUCAUGAAGAUGUGCGGCCUGGCAGAAAUCCUCAACCAGAUUUUAAUACACAUCUACGACCCGAUCCGUCGGAGUACGGACUCUGAGUUCUACGAUUGCGUUCAAGAACAGGGCAAGGCUCUCAGCGAUUGGUGGGAUGACCUGCCAGACUUCUUGAAGUUGACGGCAUUAAGCCUUCCGCCGUACUCACCCCCGAGUCAUAUCGUAAUUUUGAACUGUCUAUAUCACACAAUCAACAUCCUCCUUCAUCGGCCGAUCCUUUGCUCUCGAGAGCUUCUCAAAACUCGACCUGACGCAUACGAUUCAAGCCAUUUGGUGCAAUGCAUGACAUCCGCAACAUCAAUUCUUUCACUCUUCGACCUUUACCGCCGUACCUUCGGCGACAGUCAUGUUGUUCUAUCCCUGGCAUACAGCAUCUACACGGCAUCAUCGAUUUUCCUUCUUGAGAUCCAAGCCUUGAAGUAUGCCGCACCAGGCACACUAGACAAACUCAAGUUCUGCAUAUUCGCACUGGAGAGAGUCAAAACCGCCAACCCAGUCGUUACAACUGUACUCAAUCUCAUCUCUCUGGAACUCCAAAAACUACAAAUCAACAUCCACAUCCCAAUGUCCGCUCACCCUGAACCUACCCAAGAACACCAUCCCCAGCACCACCAAAACCCUCAAACACAACAUCAACAGCCUCGCCACAGCCAGUCACCCUCAGUCGGCAGCAAUCAAUCCCGCCACGUCUCGCCAGGUCAGCACCACCGCCAAGUCCCAGCAUCAAUGGCAGCUCAUGCCCAAGGCUCAGCGCCUGAAAACCCGCCCUUGAUGCAGGGUUACAACAACUUCCAACACCCUGGGGGGGUUUUCAACGUUGCCCACUCCGCCGAGCUGCCUCAGAUGCCACCCACCCAUCUACUGGGUGGGAUGCCCAACGCCGUUAUGACGAUGGAUGAUCCUGGAUCUUAUGAGAUCACACCUGAUGUAUAUGAGGCAUUCUCAUAUGCGCAGCCUAUCCCGGCCAAUAUGACACCUGCAUAUGAGCAGGGUUGGGGUCGACCCGCUCAUUGA